AUGACGCUGCUUGGAAUGCGUUGUCUCGAAGCGGUGCCUCUGCACGUCCAGGUGAAGUGGACUGGCGCCUUCGGUGCGCUGUGGUCUGUCGGGAUCGUGUGCGCGUGCCGACCUUCUCUCAAUGCUCGCUCCACGGGAAACGGCUCCUGGCAGUCUGAGAGCGCGUUGGAUCAAGCAGCCAUGCUCAGUGCUGCUGCGGUCUUGUCGUUCCUCGUUCACACUGCCGCUACGGGCUUCUUCAUGCCGACCGCCUGCGGAGGCGUUGAGUAUCCGUGGGAGUUUUGGACGUCGCUUGUCCCGAUGGUCGUCGGCAUCGCAGCUGUUUCGGCUCUGUUUGCUCAGCAGAACUGCUUCACCGAGUGUCGUCGUGCACGCGAGUGCUUCGCCGCGGUGCUCUCGGUGACGCUGGCCGCCCUCCAGGUCGUCGCGCUUUCGGUGAUGCUCUGCAUCGUGUUGCUGCACCUCGAGGCGCCUGAAGCUGCUGUCGUGGAUUCGCACGCGAAGUCACGGUCGUCCAUGCUGGUGCUGUUGUCUAUCGCCGUCGCCAUCGCUAUAGCUGUCGCAGUUGCUGUUGCAAAUGUAGUGAGCGGUGUCGCGCGAUGGGCUGCGCGAACCGUCCCGAUGAUCUUGGCUCGUCACGUUGUUGUCGCGGUCGUGCUGGGCGCAGCGGUAGCCUGGCGAGCUCGGGGCGGGCCGCGGGGCUUCGGUUUUCGCGCUUUGGGCACCAGCCCUUGCAGCCGUGGGGAACACUGCCUGGCUAGCGACUGCUCAGGCACUGGUACGUCGUCCGUUGGGCCCAUCACUUGCGUUCGCGGCUAG